AUGUGCGUCUUGGUCAAGGAGGAGUUUGCUGGGAAAUGUGAGGACCUUAACAAACAGCUUCCCUUUUCGCUACAGAGUGGACGCCUGAGACCGAGGCGCAGGGCCGGGAAGAUGGCGAGAAAUCCUGGGCCAGAAGCUCUGCUCUCUGUGGAAAGCUGCCAUGUGACAUUUGGCUGCCAGUGCUCUGUCACAAGCCUCUACCAAAACCAGUUCUUGGGGAUUUCUCUGCAGAACGGUUUUGCUCCUCAUCAAACUGCACAUCAGCCACAGCCGCUCAGGCAGGGCAGGCAGUCCGGAGAGACGCCUGGGAGAGGAAACCCCAAGAGUAGCAUGAGUAAAAAGAUCUUUCCUUGGAUGAAAGAGUCCAGACAGACCAAUGAGAAACACAGGAAUCAAAUGAGCAUUUCAGAUUCCAAUGAUAAGUGGGCAGGCGCGUCCCCGUCAUCCAAACGCACGCGCACAGCUUACACGAGCGCACAGCUCGUGGAGUUGGAGAAGGAGUUUCACUACAGUCGGUACUUGUGUAGGCCAAGGCGUGUGGAGAUGGCCAAUCUACUGAAUCUGCACGAAAGACAAAUCAAGGUUUGGUUUCAGAACCGGCGCAUGAAGCAAAAGAAGGACGAGCGCGUGAAGAGCUCCCCGUCUCCCCCUUCAGACCCAGACAGCCCCACCCUCUCCAGCCUGGGCUAUGUGCAUCUGGGUCCAGAUUACUCAGUCUCCCCUCCACCUAAAGUCCAACUACAGCCCGCAGUGUAUCAAGAGUCUGAACACUUCUCCAAAUAUGCUGCACCCAGAGACGAGCCUCGUCUUACGCACGGGCCACAGUUUAAUGCAAACUUUGACGCGCACGGUCAUUCGCACGUGCAUGUGGGAGUAAACGACGCCUCGGGCUCAUAUUUCUCCCAGAGCUGCACCGCGCAGGACAGAAUCAUGCAGGCUCCAAAGCUGACUCAUAUGUAG